AUGGCUCGUUUCACAGUGCGUGUUAGUUUUGUGUUAAUUUUGAGUUGCUGGACGAUUUUGUUCUACCGCAUUUAUACCUUGGAACUGCAAGAACUAGAAAUUAGACUCGCAGCCAAAGUUGAGGCUAAAAUCGCCCAACUUGAAGCAAAGGUGACACAACUGGAGGCUCAACUCCAACUGAAUUUGACGCAACUUGAGGCCAAAAAUGUUCAACUGGAAGUCAAUAUCCAAGAGCAAGGAAUGAUCCUAACUUCCUUGUUACAAGCGGCCGAACUUCCAGUUUCUGCUACCGGAUCGACAUCCAUUUUACACGACAGUGAAUCUUCAUUGGAUGUGGGUCACUGCGCAGACCCCGGGUGUUAUUCACGAUUAAUCAACUACACCGCGUCCAUUGGACAGAUAAAAGCUUUGGCUGAACUAUCAACUGAAUGUCAUCAAUUCGUUAAAGUCAUACGAUUGCUACUACACCCCGUUCGAGUUAAAUGGCGUCGCCUAUGGUGGAACGACAGAGAAGGAAAUGCGCAAUACUUUUGGGCCGGAAAUAAAACGUACAGAAUUCACACCUGCCAGUGCGGAAUCGAUGGAAACUGUGUCGAUUCAGCGGUGAAAUGCAACUGUGACACGAUUUCACCAAUUCAAUUAGUCGACAGCGGUGUCAUCACUGACAAAAAUGUUCUGCCCGUCACCCGUUUGAAUUUCGGCAGAACUCAACUGGAAACCUCGUCCGGCGUCCACACGCUGAGUCGAUUCGAGUGUACGGGAACCGGAUCUUUCACUGGAUUAUUGCCAAAGUCCUGCCAGGAUCUGUGGCUGAUUGGUCACACCCCAAACGAAUUUUAUCCCAUCAAAGGUGCCAAAAUGAUGGAAUCGGUUUUCUGCGAUUUGACUGCCCUUUUACUGCCAUGGCACCGGGAGUCUAUCUGUACGACAACCAAAAUUACAACAUAUUUCUCACGGGUUUCAUGUUGAAGGAGGAAAUUGUCGCAUCACUUUGAGAAAUUUAUUUAUUUUCAAACAAAUAAAAAUAAUUUAACAAUUUUGGUUAUU